AUGAGGAACCGACCGACACUGGCGGUGCUGCUCCUCCUGGCGCUGCCUCUCGCCCUCGCCCGCCGCGUCCCCGCCGUCCCCCCGGGCCCCGCGCAGGGGAUGCCCGUCCCGGAGCCGCUGCCGUGGAGCGCCCGCGGCAGCCCCGGGGCCGCCGCCGCCGCCGCCGCCGCGCUGGAGCUGCUGCGGGAGGAGGGCGCCGGUCCCCCCGCGGCGCCGCAGAAGAGAGACAUGCACGAUUUCUUCGUGGGGCUCAUGGGGAAGCGAGCGGCGGAGCCCGGGCGAGCGGCGGGGCGGGGGGGAGGCGGUCCAGCCCCCCGGUGCUCCCCGGGACCCCCCGCUCCCGGCGAGGCCCCGCUGCGGGCGGCCUGAGCCGCGGAACGAGCCCCCCACUCGCGGAGGGGCCCGGGCGGGGUCGUGCCCGGUGUCCCGGGGACGGCGGGACCGACUGCGGGAGCGUCCCGGGCGCCGGUCCCCAUCGGGAGCCGCCGUGGGAGCCGCCGGGAGCGCGGCCGUUCUGCCCCACACGCGCGUGUCCGUGCCCCUGUGUACACCCGCUAUACACCCACCCGUGUCCGCCCGGGACACCCGCAAACUGCGUCUCCGUGUCUUAGCUGCG